GGGAUCCUCCCCCGACUCCCCCCGCGUGCCGCCGCCGCCGCCGCCCGGGUUCCUCUCCCCCCGCUCGGGCGCUCCCUGCCAAGCCCAUGAUGUAAUGGUGUAUGUUAAUCAGUAGCAUGUGGGGAGCUCCGGCUCGGGCGGCUCAGUCCUCCGCGAGCCUACACUGGAGGCAGCAGGAGCGGCGGCGGCGGCGGCCCUAUCCCGCAGCGCCGCACUCUCUCCGCGCCGCCCGCCCCGACGGCAUGGCCCGCAGCCCGCCCUCCGGGCGCCCCCAGCCUCGCUGAGAGCCACAGCCGCCCCGGACCCGCGCGUGGGGCCCCGAGCCGCCGGGAUGAGCCGCUCCGAGUGGUGAUCGCCACUCGGGAAUGCGGGUGUGAAGGGUCCGAGCUGCUGCCCAGCGGGGAAGAGACCUCGGGACGCCGGAAAUCACCAUCCCGAAGCUGCGAGAAGAGGGGAGGGGGAAAGAGAGCCUUCAUUCAGUUUGUGUGCCUUGUGGGGAAAUUUUUUUUUAAUCGUUAUUUUUUUUAAAAAAGAAAUAUUUCCGUGCUACUGUCUGUCAUCAUCUCUGGGGAAAUCAGCCAGAACCACCAGAACGUAACUGAAACCAGACGAGAGAGGCAGGAGCCGAGGCAGUACCUGCAGCGUCCGGGCACCAGAGCCACCUUGGAACGGGAACGCGUCUCCCGCGGCCGCGGGGCUGCGGCUCCGCCAAACUUUGGGGCGGGCGGGGCGGGCUGGGGCGCCCCGGGGGCUUUGUAGACUGAGGGCCGCCCCCUAACCAUGAUGUUUCGCGACCAGGUCGGGGUGCUGGCGGGCUGGUUUAAGGGCUGGAACGAGUGCGAGCAGACCGUUGCGCUGCUGUCGCUGCUCAAGCGCGUGAGCCAGACCCAGGCCCGCUUCCUCCAGCUUUGCCUGGAGCACUCGCUGGCCGACUGCGCCGAGCUGCACGUCCUCGAAGGCGAGGCCAACAGUCCGGGAAUCAUUAACCAAUGGCAACAGGAAUCCAAGGAUAAAGUGAUUUCCCUCCUGUUAACUCACCUGCCUUUGCUGAAGCCAGGAAACCUCGACGCAAAAGUAGAGUAUAUGAAACUGCUGCCCAAAAUCCUGGCACACUCCAUUGAACACAACCAGCACAUCGAGGAGAGCAGGCAGCUGCUGUCCUACGCUUUGAUCCAUCCGGCCACUUCACUGGAAGACCGCAGUGCUUUGGCCAUGUGGCUGAACCACUUGGAGGACCGUACGUCGACCAGCUUUGGCGGCCAGAACCGAGGCCGCUCGGACUCUGUGGAUUAUGGGCAGACGCACUACUAUCACCAAAGACAGAACUCCGAUGACAAGCUUAAUGGGUGGCAGAACUCUCGGGAUUCUGGGAUUUGCAUCAACGCCUCCAACUGGCAGGACAAAAGUCUGGGGUGUGAGAACGGCCACGUGCCCCUCUACUCAUCUUCAUCCGUCCCCACCACAAUCAAUACGAUUGGAACCAGCACAAGUACAAUUCUCUCAGGCCAGGCACACCACAGCCCUUUGAAACGAUCUGUGUCCCUUACCCCACCCAUGAAUGUGCCAAACCAGCCUCUAGGACAUGGAUGGAUGUCUCAUGAGGACUUACGAGCUAGAGGACCCCAGUGCCUCCCAUCCGAUCAUGCCCCCCUGUCUCCACAAAGCAGUGUAGCCUCUUCAGGAAGUGGUGGGAGUGAACACUUAGAAGAUCAGACCACUGCUCGUAACACAUUCCAAGAAGAAGGUAGUGGUAUGAAAGAUGUUCCAGCCUGGUUAAAAAGCCUCCGCCUCCACAAGUAUGCCGCGCUCUUCUCCCAGAUGACCUACGAGGAGAUGAUGGCCCUCACUGAGUGCCAGCUGGAGGCUCAGAAUGUUACCAAAGGCGCAAGACACAAAAUUGUCAUCAGUAUUCAGAAACUCAAAGAGAGACAAAAUCUCCUGAAGUCUUUGGAAAGGGACAUCAUUGAGGGGGGCAACCUGCGCCUCCCCCUCCAGGAGCUGCACCAGAUGAUCCUGACCCCCAUCAAGGCGUACAGCUCACCGAGCACCACCCCAGAGGCUCGCCGCCGGGAGCCCCAGGCCCCGCACCCGCCUUCGCUGAUGGGCCCCGAGAGCCAGAGCCCGGACUGCAAAGACAGUGCCACGGCCGCAGGAGCCACAGCCACCACUUCGGCUGGGGCCAGUGGCGGGCUCCAGCCACACCAGCUGAGCAGCUGUGACGGGGAGCUGGCUGUCACCCCCCUGCCAGAGGGGGAUCUCCCCGGGCAGUUCACACGUGUCAUGGGGAAAGUGUGCACACAACUCUUGGUCUCCAGACCCGAUGAGGAAAAUAUAAGUUCCUAUUUACAGCUCAUAGACAAAUGUCUAAUCCAUGAGGCAUUUACAGAGACACAGAAAAAAAGAUUGUUGUCAUGGAAACAGCAGGUGCAGAAGCUCUUUCGGUCUUUCCCUCGGAAAACCCUUCUAGACAUAUCAGGAUAUCGACAGCAAAGAAACCGUGGCUUUGGGCAAUCCAACUCCCUCCCGACAACCAGCUCAGUGGGUGGCGGCAUGGGCAGGCGGAAUCCACGCCAGUACCAGAUCCCCUCCCGGAAUGUCCCUUCCGCCCGCCUUGGCCUCUUGGGCACCAGCGGAUUCGUCAGCUCUACCCAGCGUAAUACCGCAGCCAACCCCACCAUCAUGAAGCAAGGAAGACAGAACCUCUGGUUCGCCAACCCCGGGGGCAGCAAUAGCAUGCCAAGCCGCACCCACAGCUCUGUCCAAAGGACCCGCUCACUGCCUGUGCACACUUCGCCACAGAAUAUGCUGAUGUUCCAGCAGCCAGAAUUCCAGCUUCCGGUGACUGAACCCGACAUCAACAACAGGCUGGAGUCCUUGUGCCUCAGUAUGACCGAGCACGCCCUGGGAGACGGGGUUGACCGGACCUCCACAAUCUAGAAGCUGAAGAUGAGAGUGACCGCGCUGGCCGUGAAAUCGACUGCUGCGGGUCCAGUGUUAGCCAUCUUCAGGGUUGCACAGAAUCCUCCAAGAUACUCUGCAGCCUUUUUUUUCCCCCUGGUCCCUCUCCCAUUUUGAUUUUGUGAGAGCUAGGUCGUCCUUGUAAACAUAUCAGUAGACCUGGGAUUGGUUAUUUUGUCAUUUGUUUCUGUCAUGGGAUGGCGUGGUGUGGGGCAUGGGGAGGGGUCUCUAAGGGAAACAGGAUUGGGAGGAGGUGGAGGGAAUGCAAGUGGCUUCCUGGAUGGAAAUGGGGGUUUCAGGGGGAGAGCACAGCUCGGAAAGAGAUGAGAGAUGCGGGAGGGAGGAAGACGCCCCUGCCUUGGGAGCCUUCUCAGAAGCCUACCUUCGAAGUCAGAGCCCAGGAGGAAGGCAUGGAUGCCCGCGACCAAAACGCGAGUGACGGCGGCUCGCUCUUUCACGUCUCCUCUGAUUGGAUUCUCUGAGGCCCCUGCUUGAAAUCCAGCCGCAAGAAGUCCACAUGGCAACUGGGGCAGUAAGGGAGAAAUCCGCUCCAACAAAAUUUCAGAUAAACUUUGAUUUGUGUAUUGUUUACAUAACAAUUUUAAAGGGUACAUAAUGUGUAAAGAGUUGGGAUAGAACUUUUCUUCAUACUAUGGUUUUUGUAAAGGAUUUGUUGAUAGGGAUUCAUUUUUUUCCUCUAUUUUUGUAAUAGCAGCAGGGUUGUCUUUUUAAAUGGCUGCCAGGCUCUGCUUCUCGGGAAGAAGGAUGCGGUCACGUAGGCCUGAGUGGUGUCUCCCACCUGUGGGUGGGAGGAGCGUGUAGGUGGAGUUGAGCAUGUGGCUGGAGUGAGCGGAGCACCGGGGGAGGGCGCCACCAUGUGAUCGGUUACGGGAUUGCGCGCAGUCACCUGGAGAGUCGAAAAGAAUCUUGCUGCCCUUUUCUGUGAUGAAUUUGCUUCUCACCCAGAGACACCUUUCUCUCCCCACCCUACCAGGGGGUUUCAUCCUAUCGCUCCUGGCCACACACACACACACAGAGAGAGGUGGGUACAAGUUCCACUGGAGGAGAAAAGGCAAGGAUGGAUAUUUUUUCCUGGCAGGAGGCCUUAAUAUCCAGAUGAUAAGCUCAAAAUACCACUUACGGGGGAUUGCUCGCAGGAAGCCGAGCCUAGCCCCUCAAGGUUCGAUCAACCACCGCUGAGGAAAAGGAAGAGAGGAGCAAGGUCCAGCAACAGUGUAUAAAUGGUCAGUCAGCAAGUGGCAGAGAGAGCCGCGGGGAGACGUUGCAAGUGAGCCGGGGAAGAUGAUGUGGGAAAGGUUGACUUCAUGAUGGACAUGAAGGUUCUAUUACAGACAUCAGGGAGUUGCUGUGUUGUAGGCUGAUUUAUCUACCUACACGGAAGGGAGACAGAACUACUCCUUACAUGGUGAGAGAUUAACAAACUAUGCUACCACAAAGUAAUAGCUCUAUUUCUUAAGGGCAAGAAAGACUAUGUUUCGGAAUUUGAUGCAAGGGAGGGUAUUAGAGAAAAUCCAUGAGGAGCUGUGCUCUGCGCUGGAAAAUUGGGUUGUGUAAAUGAUGAUGUGCCAGCUCGGCCAGAGGCGAGAUCAGGGAGAUGGUAGGAGGCCUGUUUACUGAAUGGGUGAGUCUGGUACCAUUUUUUUGUUUGUUUGUUUUAGCAAAGUCAGAGUUGAAAUUUAAGAGAUCAGACCAUGAAAAUCACUGCAUUUACUUAGAGUUAUUUUUUUAAAAAAUAAGUUAAUGAAGUAAAUACACAUUUACAAGGCCUUAAUGAAAUCCAAACAGCUUUCUUCUACCUUCCAGAUUAAAAAUGUACACCCAACCCAACCUUGGAUGUUGCGAGGCUUGUGAAAUCCUUUUAAGGUCUAAAAUGUGGGAACAUCUUAGCCACAAAGAGCCUUUAGCAAGCAUAGAAGGCUUGAAUCCACAACAUCCUGCAUUGCAUUAGGGAAAAAAGAGCUCUCCUUGGGUGACGACUAUGUUCUAAACAUGCAAAUUCAUGUGCAGAAAGAGGCAGCAUUUUGUAGUUGAUUUUUUUUUAAACCAAGUGCCAUUAACAUUCAUCCUCCACAUCCCUUUUCUAAGCAAGCUUAGGGUUACUUGGGGAAUGUGUUGGGAUGGACGAUCAUGUGUGAGCUGGGAAGAACAGGUCAAAGAUGUUGAAGGCCAAAGGCAAGACCAGACGGUUUGCGAAGGUGAUUUUGGAUGCUGAGAACGUUAAUAGAAGAAGCAGGGGUAUUAACACAUCUCGUGGAGAAGUGAGAAAGCAUUCAAAUCUGCUGCAAAACACAUGUAUCCAUAAAGACUUGGGUUGUUCAGAAAACAGAUUGUGAACACAAUCACAUUAGCAUGAAUCCUUUAAAAGGAAGAAGACCUUAAAGCAUUUGCAAAUCUGAAUUUCUAUUUAUUCCUUCACUGAAUAUAGAAACAAUGGUUAUCUGAUUAUUAGAGAUAUUAUUUUGGAUAUGUUACUUAUUAACUUGCUAUGGCUGGUAACCAUGAUAAAGUCUGUUAUUAAUAACAACAUAAUUCUUUUUUUAAAAGAAAAGCUUAUUUUUCAUUGACUGUGUAUAGAUUUAUCUACUUAGUUGUGUUUUGCUCUUAGUGUUUUAAUUUUUUUAAGUUGAGCGUUCUGAUAAAUUUUAGGAGCCUGUCCCCACCUUGUUUUGAGUCCUGUGUUGACUGCAGGUAUACAGCUCAAUCUAAAAAUCCUAAAGCAAAAGAACUUUAUUUAUAAAAAAAAAAAUCAAAUGGUUGCAUGCAUAAGGCUGUGAAGUCGGAUAUUUAGUAAUAAAGCGGCAGUGCCUUUUUUUGUAUUUACCCAUUGACCCCCAAAUGCAACUGUUUUAUAUUAAGUAAAUAGUAAACAUUAAAAAUCUCAGAGUAAAAUCUAUUUCACUACAUGGGUUUUUUCCUCCCCUUGUUCUGAUUUAAGCAGUGUGUAUUUGACAUCUCUACACUGUCCCAGGGACAGUGGCAUUCUACGAUAUUGUUAUCAUGUAUGAUGUUUUAUUGGUGCUUUUUAUUCAUAGUGGUUUCUUACCAGAAACAGUAGGAAGACGCACAUGAGUUGUGUGCAAGAAAUGAAACAUUGCUGCUGAUAUGUUUUGUUUUGUUUUCCACAUGCUUUUUGAGUUUCACUUGUUUAAACCAAGGGCCAGCAAGCAAAAAUAGAUGCUGCUGGGUCUGCCUGCAGAGGGCGGCUCUUUGCACCAAGCUCUCCAAUCCUGUGUACUAACAGUCCGUUUUUGGUCUUCAGGAUUAGAGCUACAGCUGGGCCCCCUCUCCCAUUCCUUUGAAGAGACACUGAGGGAAACAAGGUUUUCUUUUGAGGUGUCGUCGGCUGCCUUUUGUGGAAUGGGAGCCUUCUCUGGGUCUUCUGUUCUUCUGCCCCUCUCUCAGCUACUGCCAGUGCCAGGUUUGUAGAUGUUCACCCCCCGCCCCGGAACUGGGAUCUUCCCAAGAGCCUGGGCUGGGGGCUGAGCUGGGUUGAAGAUGUAGGUGCACAACCAGAAGGGCAGUGAGAGGGGGCAGGCAGCCCCCAUCACAUUGGUCCUCUGGAAAUGUCUUGGGCAGGCAGCCCCAACCCUGGUGCAGGAAAGCAGCCUAACCAAGGCAUUCGAGUGUGCCUGAUACAAGAAGGCCCUGUGGAGGGAAAAUUUGCACAUAGGGCUGUGAUAACACUAAUGUUGAUUUUUUUUGUUUUGUUUUACAAGUCAUCAGAGAUGUUUGCAAAGUGAGUUUUAUUAUUUUUUUUUGUAAUUCCUUUAUCUUUACUUAAAGGUGAAUGUGUAUUCCUCUGGGAGGAAUAGGAAGAAAACAGGAAUGUUAAUAAUGUCAAACAGAAGACUUCCUCCCUCAUUAAUAUAUAACCCUCAUGUAUUUAUGCCUAAUGUAAGCUGACUUUUAAAAAGCUUUCUUUUGUUGCAUGCCCCGUGCAGGCAUCCCUAUUGUACAUGCAUGCCUUUCGUCCUGUUUUCCUGUAUAAAGUUAGUGAACAAAGAACUAUUUUUGCCUAGUUCAUGUUGCCAAGCAAUGCAUAUUUUUAAAAUUUGUCAUAUAUGGAAAUAGCAUGUUUGUUACAUGUAAAAGCUUUACUGAUAUACAGAUAUACUAAUGUUUGAAGAUGCUGUUCUUUGCAAGUGUACAGUUUUCAAAUGUUGUUACCAGUGAAACACCCUCGUGGUUUAAACUUGCUACAAUGUAUUUAUUACUCAUUUCCUCCCAUGUAACUAAAAAUCAUGGCUAUAUUUCAUAUCAACGUUAUAUUGAAAGUGAAGGGAAAUGAUUAAUACAAGGUUUUGUAACACUGGUGUGUGUCUUUUUUUCCUUUUUGUCAAUACGAUUGAUUAGAAAAUAAGAACUGAAUAAGCCAGCCAGGAAGAAUAAGGCUGAAAUCCUGUAAAAUAUUCCCACCUGACCAUUCUGUGAAAGCUGUAUCUUCCAACUGUGAGCUACGUGGUUUUUUUUUUUUUUUUUUUUUUUUUUAACAAAAAGGUAGGGAAAAAGGUGUUGAACAUUUAUGCAGCUUGAUCUGUGCCCAGAGCAACCAAAAAAUGUAACCCCUGUCUUAGGGGUAUGUUUCUAAAUAAAAAUUCGAACCUUG